AUGCGUUCUUCACAAUUAACUAAUUCAGAAGGUACUAGAUAUAAAUGGAAUAUUAAUGCAAAUCGGGAUGAACUUGAUGUUAUUAAAAACUCUGUAGAUAGGCAAAGCCCAACAAUGCCACCUCCAACAACUAAAAGAUCUUAUGAAGAAGGAAUGGAUGGAGAGGAUAAAGAACAUUAUGAAUGUUCUUUAGAAAAAAAAAGGAAUAAAGUGAAUUUAGAAAAACUCAUAAUACUGUUUUGGAUGAAUUGUUUGUUACCAAACCUACAGUCAAAAAUGCAUGCUAUAGAAGAGAAACAAGUCCAGAUGUUGAAUGAUUUAAUUGGUGGCGGUGAUGAUUUUCAAACAAGAAUGGUUAAAGAACAACGUAAGGCUGGCAAAGGAUUAUGGGUCAAACUGAUAACAAAUAAUAGAUAA